CUGGCCGCCAUGUACGGCAGGCAGCGGCGGCGGAACAGGAACCUGCUGGGGCGGGUGCGGGCGCCGGGGGUGGGGCCGCACACCACCUUGCUCAUUACCGACAUUGAGAGCAGCACGACCCUGUGGGAGGAGCUGCCGGGCAAUGUGAUGGAGCAGGCCAUGGAAAUGCAUGACGUCAUCCUCAGAGGCCUGGCAGCGGACCACGAUGGCUAUGAGUCGGCCAAUGAGGGAGACUCCUUCGUGCUUGCCUUCCACACCCCGCACGAAGCCGUGUUGUUCGCUUUGAAGGCGCAGCAGCAGCUGCUGCUGGCGGCUUGGCCCGAGCUGCUGCUCAAACACGAAAAGGCUGAGGCGGUGUGGAUGUCUGUGGCGACAGAGGGCUCCGGGCUGGCUGCCGCCUGCGGCCUGAGCACCUGGUGCGGGGAGCUGCUGGGGGCGGCGCAUACCAAAGCCAUCAAAGCACACUCAGCAUGGGGCCCCUGGAGCCAGUUUGGACCCAUGGGUCAGUUGAGCGCAGCUUCCGCGCUGGGCAUCGGCGCACACAGCCUGCAGCGGAGCUUCUUGGAGGCGGCGCGGCUGGUGCGCAGGCGCCUGUUCGGCGACGGCGGACCCAUGGGUCAGGACAGUGCGACGGGGACAUCGGCGACGAUGGCUGGUGUGCAGCAGGGUUGGAGCGGGCCUGGAGGCGGGGUUGGGGCGCAGGGCUGGAAUGGGGUGGCAGCCGUGGGAGGAGGUUUGGGGUUCUGGGAGGGCAGGGAGAGCUUGUACACCGAAACAGUCGGAGGGACGUUGACGG